AUGAGGCUGCUGCAAUUCCCUCUUCUGGCUGCGCAAUGUGUUUCUGGCUUGUAUCGCACACAGUCAUCUUUGUCCCCUGGUCCUUUGAUAAUUCUCCGCGCCCUCGUGCUUGGCAUGCAGCUUUGUGACCUGAUUAUGUAUAGAGACUCCGCCAGGAGCUGCCGUCGGUGGGUAAGCAUUGUAGCUUCGCCUAGCUUCCCAAAGUGGGUAGGUGAAUGA